GUGGGGGGAUGGAAAGGUGGGCGCAGGCGCUAUGUACGACACCCCGUACGUGCCGUCGCCUGGGUUGCCGCCGUUGCCGCCGUGGUCGUCGUCGUGGUCGUCGUCGUCGUCGUGGUCGUCGUGGUCGUGGUCGUCGUCGUCGUCGUCGUCGUCGAGAAAGACGUCGGCUUGUCGUGCCUCCUCUUAUCGUCGUAUUUUCAGUUCCGAUCAAACGCGCCGGCAACUGGUCUAACGCAAAUCCUGGGAAAGGAAAGGCAAGGAAAGCAAAGGAAAGGAAGGAAAAAAAAACGCGCGUGCCCUAGAACAAAAGUUCCUCCUGCGUCGACUCCUUCGGCAUUGCCGAAGUGACGUGAGGUUUUUCAGGUCGACCGAGGAGUGGGAAAGAGAGAGCACGCGGUAGCGCAACAGUGUCCAACGACCUUUCCCGAGGAAGCAUCGUUUGUUCGUAGAAUAAUUUUGUCGUUUCUUAACUUACGAAAUUAAUUGGAAUCAUUUCAAUUCGGAACAGAAGAAUAAGAAUAAGAAUAAUAAUAAUAAGAAUAAUAAUAAUAAUAAUCAGAAGAAGAAGAAGAAGAAGAAGAAGAAGAAUAUGCUCGACAAAGAAGAUAAGAGAGAAAGAAAGAUAGAAAGGAUUGCACUUUUUGCUGGUUUUUAGUAGUUGUCCGGGUUGACGAGGUGUGGUGCUUCGUGCUUUCGAGGGGAGGAGCGAGAGAGAAAUAGAGAGUUAGAGAGAGAGAGAGAGAGAGAGUAAGCGAGCUUUGCUAAGCGAGAGAAAGAUAGAAAGGUGUUUCCGUAAAGGUUUAAACAAAAGUGGAGUGGACGGUGGUAUAAAUAAAUCCAAAAAGAAUAAUAAGAAGAAUAAGACGAAAGGAGGAGGGGGGAGGGCGGAGGAGGAGAGAGAGAUGCGAAAGAAAGAGAGGUUUUGUAUAGUUGUUAGUUAAGUGGGAAUAAAGGGUUGUGGCCGGUGUUGUCGCAAGUGUGUGUCGAGGAACCCGAAUAGGGGGUUAGAACCGAUGUGGAUUUCGAGAAGAAUCAACGAGUCGGAGAAUCGUGGCAUCGCCGGUGGUCGGACGUGUUCUUCGUGGCGUACCGAGUGCCACAGAGGAUGAAGAAGAAGUAUAAAAAUAACUGUCCCUGAGAGAGGAUGAGCAGAAAUGCACAGCUGACCGGAUCACCCCGUGAAACGGGACAGUUCCUUUUCGUCGUAACGAUAUUAUUCUCGUAUUUCGAUCCACAUCUAUCGAUCUUGCUUUUAUAAUAUCGCGUGACAUACUAUAUAAUACAAUUAAAACAUCUAUAAAAGCAGAUAUUACUAUUACUACUACUACUACUACAACAACAACAACAAAAAGAUACAAAUAUACAUACGUAUAGAGAGACUCGCGCGCAUCCAACCAAUCACCACGUGCCUUUCUCGUCGUAAUCGUGGACGUUAACCUGGACCAUCGAGUCGUUACCCUCCCAUUUUCUUACUAAGAAAAAUCAUUUGAUCUAUCCUUUGGAUUUUUCCUCUACGUAUUAGAUGACUAAUGGAAGAAGAUACUUUCAAUAUUAUCUAUAAGAAUAAACAACCAAAUAAUAUCGCUAAAUAGUAAAGAAGAUUAACAAAAAAAAGCAAAAGGAAAAAAGAAAGACACGAAGAACAGUUUGGAAAAUAAACGUGUUCCGAAUAAAAAAGCUUUUAAUCUGAAAAUCUCGUGGAAAUGUCCGAACCAUGCGCUUCUUUUUCGAGGCUAUUACAGCGUACGUCUUCGGAUCGGCAAAAAACUAAAGUCGAGCCGACGAAGUCUAUUAUCAUCAAGAGGAAUAAUCAUCCUCUCGUAUUAUUAUUUUCUUCAAAUAAUCGAAAAGAUAAAGAUUAUCAUUUUGCGUAUUUUCAAAGUCGUAUACGAGGUAUUCCUCGAGACGGCUGCGUUUUGAUGUUUAUCUGUUAAGGAUCGGAUCGAAUUGAACAAAAAAAGAAAAAAAAAUGAUCGUACUUUCAAUUUUCGAUCAUGAAGAUUAUUAUUAAUCCGAGAAAGAUUGGGUGCCUGCCACGGGUGGAAUCGAAUAGAAAGAAAAUUCUUAUCUAAUUAUAUUGUUGUGGCAAAAUAUAAUAAUCUAAAAGAAUAAUCAUUAAUCAUCGAAAUAAUCGUGGAAAUUUGUUUACGAAUUCUAGGGUGUGGUGGUAUAGAUAUAUAUAACUGUAUAAAUAAAAUGUUUUCUCACUUACAUUAAAAGAUAUAAGAGAGAAGAAGAAGAAGGUCCUAAAAUUUAAACGAACGAUACAAAAUCCAAAAUAUUACGCACGUUGACCAAUAGACGAGAGCGGCGACCUUGUCCGAGUGUCCUUGCUUCGAAGGAAGGAUCAUAAGUCAGGAAAGACUUAGAUAGGUGGGAAUUCAUCCUGAGAUGCCUGUUAGACGAGGUCACGUGGCGCCAAGGACAACGAUCAUCGAGACCAUCAUUAGGAAGUUUGAUACUCACGAUCGAAGUUUUUUAGUGGCAAACGCUCAGCAAGGACUAUGCCACAUAAUCUAUUGCUCGGACGGUUUUUGCCGGCUGACAGGUUUUUCCAGGGCGGAAGUGAUGCAAAGACCGGCGGUCUGCGAAUUCCUUCACGGGCCGAUGACGUCCCCGCAUGCGGUCGCAGCACUUCGGGACGCUCUCGUUGCAGGCGUCGAGAAACAUUUCGAGAUCCUCUAUUACAGAAAGGAUGGAACCAAAUUCCUAUGCAGCGAGGUGAUAGCAUUGAUAAGGAGCGAGGUGGACGAUAUUUGUCUACAAAUCAUAAACUUCGAGGAUCUGAGCACUCAGCCACCUCCCCAAGCUGCGAUUCCACCACCCAGUCAAGCAAACAACAGGCUUGUAACGCGUUUCGACAGGGCAAGGGCAUCCUUUCGAGCUGGGCUAUCGAGAACCGGUGUCGUUGGUCCACCAAGGGUCAGAAAUCGGCCAAGAACAACAAGCAACUUGCCUCAUCGACUCGCAGAUGGAACAAUACUCGACGAGGACGCCUCUGAAAAUUGUCCUCUGACAUGUGGUUCACCAACUAUGAUGGAAUCUUGGGGUCCAGGGAGGAUAGGUACCCCACCACCCUCUUUGCCAGUACCACCAGCUGGAACCAACAAUGGCGGUGGUGGUGUUGGUGUUGGUGGUGUUGGUGCAACAUCAAUGACCAGUGCAAAUGUUGUAAAACCGAGUACAACAGCCCCCAUUGCAAGUCCCGAGGGUGUAAGUGACGUAAGUAUAAUAAAAAUAUUAUCCUUUGAAAACCACCCUUCCCCCUCUUCGAUAUUGCAUCACCAAUUAAAAAAAAUUAAACUAUAAUACUAUCUAAAAAUUGUUUCUUCCCUUUUUG